AUGGGGACGACAGUCCAUGAAACACGAUUACCCGGUGGACAGACCAGCCUGCUGGCUGAGGUGGUGGACUCUAGUCUUAGUUCUGUUUCCGCAGAACCGCAGUUCCUAAGAAGACUGACCAACGUGAAUAUUCAAGUUGUUCAAUUAAGAGACAGCAUCAGGACCAAUGACUUUAUCCAGUGCCGGAGCCAUGGGAUGAUGAUUAAUAUUACAGUGCCUGUACAGAUGGGUACAAAGGCUCUGUUUGCUUGCCCCUCUGUUCCACCAACAAAAGCAGUACUAAUAACAUGGGUAAUAACCCUUAGAGGCCAGCCUCCCUGCAUAGUAUCCUUCAAAGUAAAAACCAAGGAGAUCAAUGAAACCAGCUGUGUGGACAGGAGAAUCGUCUGGGUCUUCACACCUGACCAGAAUCCUCAUCUUCAGAUCAAUGCAGUGGCCCUCGAUCAUGAUAGGCAUUAUUCAUGUCAGAUAACAACAUCUGAUGGGAAUUUCUAUGCAAGAUGGGACCUCCAAGUGCUAGUCCCACCUGCAGUAACCCUGUUUCCAGGGAAAAGCAGAACUGCAGUUUGUGAGGUGACUGCAGGUAAGCCAGCUGCUCAGAUCUUUUGGACUCCAGAUGGGGAAUGUAAAACUAUGAACGAAUCACACAGCAAUGGCACCGUGACUGUCAGGAGCACAUGGCAGUGGGAGAAGAGCAAUGUGUCUGCUGUGUUCUGCUUGGUCACCCAUUCAAAUGGCAGCGAGAUUCUGUCCAUAGAACUGAAUCAAGGUGUCACCAGCAUGUCACUGCAUUCCUUGCUGACCAUUCUCUAUGUGAAACUUUCCCUUUGGGGAAUCAUUUUGUUCAUCGUGGGAUUUGUCUUCUUCCAGAAGAGAAAUUACUUCAGGUAG